AAAAAAAUUGACCCGCCUGAGAAUUCCAUACGCAUCUAUGGACCGGAGAAAACUUUGGAAGCGAACCCAAGUACCCUUAAACAUGCCUCGGUACCGCAGCGGGAAUCUGUAGGGGGCUUACUAACUAUAUUUCCUAUGAGGAAGUAUUAAUUGACGACUGCAGCGAACGCCCCCUCCUAAAAAUCAUCUCAAACACCCCAUCAGCUACGAAUUAGCAAAGAAAGAACCAUCAACCGCCACAAUGCAAAACAAAACCCUCAUCUUCAAAGCAAUCCCCACCCACCUGCCCGUGCCAGGCGAGCACCUCGUGCUUGAGGAUCUCGGCUUCGACCCCGCCGCGGCACCUCCGCCGGGCGGCCUGACCCUCGAGGUGUUAUACUCGUCGUUCGACCCGUACCAGCGGGGGCGCAUGCGGCCGGCCAACAUCAAGUCGUACAGCCAGGCCUUCGAGCUCGGCAAGCCCAUCGCCAACUCCGGGAUCGGACGCGUGCUCCAGUCCGACACCGACGCCUACCAGCCCGGCGACCUUGUCCUCGGCUUCCUGCCCACGGGCGAGUACGCCACGCUCGGCAAGGACCAGCUCGGCACCAUCAGCUCCAAGCUCCAGAACCCCCAUGGCCUGAAGGAACUCGGUUUGUUCAUCGGCCCCCUGGGGAUGCCCGGCCUGACUGCGUGGAGCUCGCUGCAUGAGAUCGGCAAGCCCAAGAAGGGGGAUACCAUCUUCGUCAGCAGCGCGGCGGGCGCGGUUGGCCAGGUUGUCGGUCAAAUUGCCAAACGAGAGGGGCUGAAGGUCAUUGGCAGCGUGGGGAGCGAUGCCAAGCUGGAGUUCAUCACUAAGGAGCUGGGAUUCGACGGGGGAUUUAACUACAAGAAGGAGAAGACUGCAGAUGCCCUGAAGAGGUUGGCGCCCGAGGGGCUGGAUAUCUACUACGAGAACGUUGGCGGGGAGCAGUUGGAGGCGGCGCUGAAUGCGAUGAAGGACUUCGGGCGGAUUGUCGCCAGUGGCAUGAUUUCGGAUUACAACACGCCCGCGGAGAAACGUUAUGGUGUGAAGAGCAUGUACCAGGUUGUCAGCAAGCGUUUGACCAUGCGCGGGUUCAUCGUCGGCGACCCGGGCUUUGGGAGCAAGUACGCCCAGGAGCACCAAGAGAAGAUGCAGCAGUGGUUGGCCGAUGGGAGUGUUAAGGCGAAGCUACAUGUCGUGGAGGGGAUUGACAAGGCCGCUGAGGGGCUUGUGAGCCUGUUUGAGGGUAAGAACUUUGGCAAAACGGUGCUCAAGAUCAAGGAUUAGUACCUGGGCAGACAGUGCAAAAGGACCGUCAUGCUAGACAUGGAAAGAAGGUACAAGCGGCGAAAGACUGUUUUGAUAAUCCAACACAAGGCAACACACCUCAGAGGCGACCGCCCGCGUCUUACAAACCCAUAAACAAAUUGACGGGGUACAAAUGCAGUCAGAUAACAAAAUCUAGCAACAUAAGACCUUCCACCAGGUUCCCCGAAUCGUACCUCAAUCUACCCUUUGGUAGCCGCGAACCCAAGCUGGCCACUCCGCCCCAACCUAGAACCUAACCGGCCGUUUCCGCUUCCGUGUCGUACGCCUCAACCCGCCAUCAUCCGCACCGUCGCCCCCAUAGCCGCCCUCUUCGCUGCCCUGAGGCUCACUCUUGAUCUCCACCUCACUGUCACCUUCAGCCAACCCCCGACCUACAACCUCACCCCCA